AGAGCUUACACAUUCCCACCUUUUCACCUACUUACUGAAGCUAGCCAGGCUGCAGUUGUGUCUCUUGAUAAUGCAUGGAAAGUGAACUCUCUGAUGUCAGUGGCCCAGUGCAAGACAUUACCAACAAGACUGACAGUGCAAGAACUACAGAUCAGCCAGUUAGUUGGUACUAAUGUAGACUGGUUAGUUGGAGCUACCCAGUCCCGUAAGUUUGAUUUGGCCUUUGCAUUCUUGCCAAUAAAACUGGGAUACAAGGAACUCUGCUAUCCCAUGGUGCCUAGCAUGUUCACAAAGAUUGCUGUUCACAGGCUGUGCUUUUUGGUUGAUCAGAUGUACUUCAACAUUCGUCUGUCCAAAAAGUGCAAGCUGACCCUUGAUGCACCUCUUCACUUUGUCAAUGUGGCUCCCAUUCCACCAUCAACUCCUCUCAGCCUUGAUGUCACAUUUGCAUCAGCUUUCACUGGAUGGACUUACUCAACACUUUACUCUAAUAGACUCCAUUUGCCACUGUGUGAUAAUAUGUUUCCAGAGGGUAAACCAGACUUCUGUAGAAAUGAGGCAAGUUCUUUGCAGAGUCUGGAGCAGCUGAUGAAAUCUCUUGUACACACAUAUGCUGCACAAUGUCACCUUUUUGCUGAGCAGCAUGGAGGCAUCAUGUAUACAGCCACUCCAGAGAAUGGCUCACAGAUUAUCAGCUCAUGUGUAGAACAUAUGGAUGACAACAUAGUGAAAAAGACAGACAAGGUAACAGAGUUCUUGUACUUUAGUUCAGAUGAGAGUGAACUGUUUACACCAUAUGAGGAGACAAUCAAUCUCAUUGUUUGUGAGGUGCCAAGAGUGACUACUUUGAGAACAGAUUUCUACUCAUUCUUCCCAAAUCUCCAAUACCUGGAGCUGCAGAGCUGUGAGCAGCUGAAACAACUACCAGAUGGCAUUUCUAAAUGUCUGAGACUUGAGAUGCUAUCUUUAAAAAACAGUGCUGUUGAAGCACUACCAGCAGAUUUGUUCCAGAGUCCCUCUUUGCUGAGGCUGCAUUGUGUUGAUUUAAAGGUACAGAUUCUGCCGACCACUGUCAUAGACCCUAGCCCAAUCACAGAGCUUAUUUUAGCCAACCUCCUGCUAACAUCAGUCCCAAAGGAAGUGGGCAACCUCUCAAAUUUGGAAUAUCUCAACCUCAACAGCAACCCUCUGGAGAUGUUGCCAAUGGAGCUAAAAUUGCUGACCAAACUGAAAACACUGUUGUUGUGUGGUAUUCCUUGGAUCGUCACAGCAGAUUCGAAGGUAGAAAUGCCACUAAAUCAGUUUGAAGACUUCCUCAAGACAAACUCAUCUCUCAGACAUUACUUAGGAAAAGAGAAACUGAUAGCCUUAUUUCAUGAAUUUGAUCACAACAAAAACUCUCAGCUUGAUGGCAAUGAAUUGGCACAUCUCAAUGCCUCUUUAUUUUGGAAAGUUCCUCGUCUUGGAGCAGCAUGCAUAAGUUGCACAGAGUAUGGUGGUAUACCUCCAGUUAUUUUCCUCCUGAAUGGCCUGGAAACUCUGCACUUAGACUUUCAAGCCAUCACUUCAGUCCCUGUUCACAUUUGCCGUUUACAGAACCUGAAGGUGUUAAGCAUCUCAAAUAAUCCAUUGUUGGAAAGCUUGCCAGGAACUUUGGGCCACUUGCCAAAUCUCAAAUCUGUGAGACUAUUCAGCAACCCAUCCCUUCGCACACCGCCACAUGAAGUGGUCAGCAGAGGUUUUGCUGCAGUCAAGGCCUACCUAAAGAAGCUGGCUGGAGGAUUCACAGAGUGCAGGCGCACUAAGCUCAUGUUGGUUGGGCUGGGUGGAGCUGGAAAAACUAGUUUACUUCGUGCUCUGAUGAGCUCCAAUAAGAAGACUGCUGGAACAAAAGGGGAAGAUAUAACCAAUGGAAUAGACAUUCUCCCAUGGACAGUGCGAACUAGUGACAAUUUAGAGGUCACAUACAACACUUGGGACUUCGCUGGCCAAACUUUAUAUUACAACACACACCAGUUUUUCCUGUCAAAGAGAGCAGUCUACCUCCUGCUGUGGUCAACACGUCAGGGCUUUGAGCAUGCUGGUUUGGAAUUCUGGCUAAGCUCCAUAGCAAGUCAUGCACCAAAGACACCCAUUUUGAUAGUUGGCACUCACUGUGAUCAGGUUCCUAAAGCGGACAUUCCCAUGUCUGACUUAAAAGAGCGGUACCCACAGAUUGCUGGAUUUCACUUUGUCAGCUCAGUUGAAGGAACAGGAAUUGCCGAGCUAGAGAAAGAACUUUUGCAAGUGACUGUAGAGUUAAAAAAUAUGGGAGAAAAAGUUCCCAAAGUGUGGCUCAAUAUGGAGAAAAAGAUUCUCACAGCAAGAAACAGUACCAGUGUAUUGCCUUGGAAAGUUAUAAAAGAAUUUGGUACUGAAGUUGGUAUUUACGAUGAAAAAGAUGUGAGAGAGGCUAUCCAGUUCCUUCAUGAGCUUGGGACAGUGCAGUACUUUGAGAAUGAAUUUCUUCGAGACCAAGUUGUGAUCAACCCACAGUGGAUUGUCAAUGUAAUGUCCUGUGUGGUGUCUGUGAAAAACUCACCAAUUCAGGAAAACCAUGGAAAAUUCCUCCACAAGGACAUGCCUGUCAUCUGGGAGUCCUACCCUCCAGAGCUUCACCGGUGGUUGCUGCUGCUGACAGAAGAGUUUGAUCUAACAUUCCCUCUUCCUGAUGAAGAUAUUAACAUUGUCCCCUGUCUCCUGCCUCAUGAAGUACCUCAAGAG